AUGGGCUCUGCAGAAGAUGCGAGUGGUGGUUCUAAGCUCAUUUCCACUGCGAUCCAGAAGGGCCAUGAGCAACAGAGAAAAGCUCAGACGGAAACCCAUGGAGAUCUGCCUGCAAUCAAGCUAAGUAAGAAGGUGCAGGGAACUAUACAAGCUUUUGACACCCAAGCACUGGGCACAUACCUUACUAGUGCCCCUGGUUUGCCCCUUCAGACCAUCAACGUCGCCUCUCACCUCGGUAUCGCCAUGCGCCCCCCGCUCCGAAUCGCUGUCUUGGAAUGUGACACCUCGGCUGGGAGUCUCGAUGCCAAGUAUAACGGCUACUAUGGAGUUUUCUCGCUUCUGCUGCGCGAGAGCGCAGAGGCCCUGAGACAGCCGGACAGGCUGGACCCCAUGUCCGGAUUCGAUAUCUCGCGAUGGGACGUGGUGACUAAACAGGAGUAUCCUAACCUGGAGGAUGUAGAUGCCCUUCUUCUGACUGGAUCAAAACACAACUCCUACGAUAAUCAUCCCUGGAUUGUCAAGCUUGUGGAAUACACGAGAAAGGCGAUUGAGCAUGACCGUGUGAAGAUACUGGGUAUCUGCUUCGGACACCAGAUCAUCGCGCGAGCGUCUGGGAUGAAGGUCGGCAAAAGUGGCGUGGGAUGGGAGAUCGCAGUGUGUGACAUGGAUUUGAGUGAUCAAGGCAAGGAAAUAUUCGGCAAGGAGAAACUGCGCAUCCAGCAGAUGCAUCAGGACAUCGUCUUCGACUGCCCACCAAAUGCCGUCUGCCUCGGAUCCUCGCCACAAUGCGCGGUCCAAGGGAUGUACCUGCCCGGCCAUUACAUUACGGUGCAAGGACAUCCCGAGUUCAGAGAAGACAUUGUGACGGAGGUUGUCAGCCUCAGAAUGGCAAGCAGUGUCUUCUCGAAGGAGGUAGGCGAAGAUGCUCUCAACAGGGCCGUGAAGGAACACGAUGGCGUCGCAAUCAUGGCCACCUUCUUGGAUUUUCUGCUGGACGGCAGUAAAUAG